CCGUUCGCUUGGAAUUCUUCCACUGAACGGCGAACCUUUGUAUUGGCGCGAUGGAAGUCCAACGCUAACCGCGUCUUGUACCUCCGAAUCGUGUUAGAUACCGGAACAUAUGGAUAUACGUCGGAGAGCAGUCAGUGGCGCCGAUGCGAAUCAAGGGAAGAUGUGGCACGCCAUGCGGAACGCAACUUUUUGUUGGUCGUCCAUUGCCAGGAUGUCGUAGUCGCUCUCCAAGAAAGGCCACGUGGGAUGCAAGUAGGACCGCCUCGGGUUCUCAUCAUUACCACCACCACCUGAGAAAAUUUCCGGACAGUCUCUCGAGUUCAAGCUCACGUCAAGACACUUCCUGAGUACCUCGAUGUCUAUUCCUUUCGUCAAGACCGUAUGCAAGGCCAUGGAGAAUAUUGCACCUCUUCGGCUAGCAGAAAAAUGGGACAAUGUCGGACUGUUACUCGAGUCCCCUUCGCACAAACUACAAGGCAUCAAUCGCGUCCUACUCACCAUCGACCUCACUCCCUCGGUCGUUGAGGAAUCCAUCACACUCAAGGCUCCGGUCAUCGUCUCGUACCAUCCGCCAAUAUUUAAGCCUCUUCAAUCACUGACCCUCACGAACCCUCUGCAAUCUUCUCUUCUCCGCUGCGCAGUUGAAGGCAUCUCGGUUUUCUCUCCACAUACGUCUUUGGACUCUGUCUGGGGAGGCGUGAAUGACUGGCUCGCCAAAGGGCUUGGUCCUGGCCAAAUCAGCGCCUUGGUAGGCGAGAAACUUGAUACGAGUGGGAAGAGCGAGGGUGCGGAAGGACGGUUGGUCUUUCUAGAUGAACCAGUGUCGGUGAAAGAGCUGGUGGAUAGGGUGAAGCGACAUCUUGGCCUAUCGCAAGUUCAAGUAGCAUAUCCCUCCGCCGUACUUAGUGACAUUCGGACGGUGGCGAUAUGCGCUGGGUCAGGAGGAUCUAUGCUUGUUGGACGCGAUGCGGAUGUUUAUUUCACUGGGGAGAUGUCGCAUCAUGAAGUAUUAGCAUCAGUCGCUGCCGGGAAGCACGUUCUUUUGUGCGGCCACACGAAUACGGAACGCAGGUAUCUUGCUGUUCUGGCAGAGCGACUUCGGAAGGAGAUCCAAGCAGUGGACCUUGAAGUCAUCGUUAGCAAGCAAGAUGCACAUCCAUUGACAUUCGUAUGAUGUUGAUUCCCGGGAUAGAGGGAUUGUGCCCAUAACAAUACAAGAAAGAUGACCUUGUAUCAACCUUGUUGUUUCAAAGCAUAACACCGGUACCGCGAGGAUUUGACUGUGUCUAUAUUCAAUCUUUGACGCUAAUAGUGCUCGACGCUGGAACGCGAUAUAGACGAAUUCUUUCCUACCCUAUCUCGAGUCGCCUGUACGAAUAC